GUGAUCAUAUUUCGUGUGACAUCUAUUUUUAAUAUUUAUGGCAGGUGCUACCAGCCCCACAUUGUCUCAUAAACACAAACACAACUUCAAGACUGAUUCUGCAGAUGCACAGUGCCCUCAAACAACUUCUUCCAGCUCAAAUGAGAAUGAGGACAUUCUCACAUCUGCAGACAUGGAGGAGGCACCACAGUUUGAGGCUCCGUCAAUUGAGGAAGUGGCUACACCUUCGCACUCAUCUGCUGCUUUAGCUCAAGAAACACCAGUUGUGGAUGCUUCACAUAAUGAUUUGGAACAACUUGAAAGCCAGCAUUGGAAAUCAGUUGCUGAAGACAUGGAGAAAGCGCUUGGAAUUUUACACCAAACGGUUACUGCACUGGAGCGGAAGAAUGCUUCUCUUGAGAGAAAGCUUGAUGAAGCUUGCUCACACAUGCUUACACUGAGCGUAAUUGAAUUGUCACCAAAAGCAUGCAUGUAUUAUACAGGUCUCCCCAGCUAUGAUGUUUUUCAGUCAUUGUUUGAGUAUCUGGAGCCACGUGCAAGUAGCAUGUCAUACUGGGGCUGGACAAAGAAAAGUGGCAGUGAAACACGUGGUCGGCCUAAAGAAAGUAGCCUUGCGACUGAAUUUUUUAUGGUUCUUGUGCGCCUCAGGAUCGGUAUGCCUGGAAAAGAAAUCGCGCGUAACUUCAUGAUGUCAGAAAGCCAAGUGAGCCGGACAUUUGCUACUUGGAUUAACUUCCUUGAGCGUGAGCUUACAGCCAUCACUUCAAUUCCAUCGCAAGAUGAAAUCAGGCCACAUCUACCAAGAUCCUUCCGCUUCUUUGAGAACACCAGGCUGAUUUUGGAUGCGACAGAAGUCAGGAUCCAGCGCCCAUCGUCACUAGGUGCACAACGCCAGACCUUUUCCACAUAUAAGCACUAUAACACAUACAAAGUGCUUGUUGGCUGCACCCCUGACGGCUAUAUAGCAUUUGUGUCUCGUCUCUGGGGUGGAUCAGUAUCCGACAAGACAAUCCUUGGAUGCAGUACACUUCUAGAUUCUUUGGAAGUAGGGGAUGCCAUUAUGGUCGAAAAAGGCUUCACUUUCCCCUACUUACCUGCUGGAGUGACAGUCUACAGACCCCCAUUCCGAGAACGCCAUGAAACACAAAUGCCCGCGCAGGAUGUGGAACAAACACGUCGUAUUGCCGCUGCAAGAGUGCAUGUUGAACGAGCAAUAUCCCGCAUCAAAACUUUCCACAUUUUGGAUAGACCAUUUCCCGUCUGCAUGCUUGAUAUAGCGGAGCAGGUAUUUAAGGUAUGCUGUCACCUGAGCAACUUCCGAAACCUGCUAAUUAAGGAUGAUGACGAAAUCAAUUGAGCAAUUUGUUUGACUAGGUUUCAGAGAAAGCUUUGGCUCGAGACCAGCUGUAGUGGCUUAGUGUAUACGUAGGGUUGUUUGUUUUCAGGUUUUAUAUAUUUUUUAAUUCGGGGGGUAAAAUGGGGUGCUACUGUUCAAGCUGACAAUCGGGAAGAAAUUGGUUUCUUUUUUGGAACCAUUACAAAAUUUGGGUAAAACUUACAAAUGUACUAAUACAUUAUAUUCGUUCUUUUUUCUGUGCGCUUUUUUUUUAUAGGAGGGUAUCCUGAGCUCCUUAACACUGACGCGUUAAAACUAGGUAUCUGUUUCAAGGUGGUAAUCGCGGGGACAUCAGGAUUUUCUACCAAAUACUCCCGAGGUUCGGCAUUUGUUUGGAAAUUAAUAAGUAAUAAUGACAGUAAAGAACAUUGAUAACUACAAUGAAAUGAAACAUUUUAUUCUCGAUAAGCUGGUCACUGAUUUUUUACACAUUUUUGUUAACAUACAUUAUCAUCGGCAUGGGCAACAAGUUGGUCUCCAUCCGAGACCUGUCCAAUCUUAGAACGUACCUCAGCUGAAAGUUCUCUCGACAUCACAGCUUCCAUUAGCUAGGCACAACAAUAUCAAUAAGUUACUAACUUGGAGUUAGGCGCGCUCGUUUGGCGGUUGGUUGAGAGCCGUGUAG